CAAGUCAAAUGGCUCGCUUGCUAUAAGAAUCGCAUGAGCAAUUCCCAAAGUCAUCAUCAACAACGUUGGAGAUGUGUCGUGGAGUUUUUGCUCUUGUCUUCCUCCUCGCACUCGCAGCAGGGCAUGGAUCGAGAGCCCAAGACAGCAGCGUGUUGAUCCGACUGAGAAACUCGUGCUCCUUCUCCGUGUGGGCAGCAUGGACCACUGACCCGGGCGUGUCGAAUCCAUUUUCGAGUGGAACCGAGCUCAGCGCGGACGAGACCUUCUCGCUCUUCGUCCCGCGUGACUGGUCGGGCCGGUUUUGGGGAAGAACGGGGUGCUCCUGGCGCCAGGCACCCGGAUCCAGUACCAGCAGAUUCAUCUGCGACACAGGCGACUGUGGCUCGGGCGAUAUAUCCUGCUCCAAGCGUGGAACUCCGCCAGCCACCAUCGCCCAGCUCAAUCUCCCGGCCCGGUACUCCGUCUCUCUGCUCGAGGGCUACAAUCUGGCCAUCUCCAUCGCUCCCAGGAACUCGUCGUGCUCCUGGGCGGGUUGUAAAUCCGGCAGCGAUGCAAACUCUGGGUGUCCCAAGGAGCUGGCGGUGGUGGACAAGAGCAACAUUGGACGAGUGAUUGCUUGCAAGAGCCCAUGCCUGGGACUCAACGAGGAUCAGUACUGCUGCCGGGGGAGAUACACUUGUCCUCUCAAGUGCAGCCCAAGCCAAUACGCGAGAGCUUUCAAGGCCGCGUGCCCAAGGUCGUCAACUUAUCCUUGCGAAGCAAACACCUCGAGCUAUUCGUGCUUGGGAGCCUCUGAAAUAAUUGCCACAUUUUGUCCCCCUUAAAAGAAGUCAAGAAGCGCAAACGAUGAUGAUAAAAUGGGUUAAGAAAUAAAAGACUUCCAUU